CCCCACAGCCGCCCAGAACAGCCACCCAAAUUGCAAUCUCUCUUUUUCUUUCUUUCUCUCACAAACACAACACACAACACUCUCUCUCAAAAUAUCUAGUUUUCAAAACAAACACACACACACACACACACGCACAAAGUUUCCCAUCCCCACAACCUUACCCCUCCAUUCACCAUGACAAGUAGAAUCCCAUAAAAACAACAACAAUCACAGUACCAUCACCAUCUUCAUCAUCAACACAACAGCAACAAAAAAGAGAAAAAAACACCAACAUCAAACACACACACAUGAACCCUCUUCUCUUCUCACUAUUUGAUUUCUCUCACUCUUAACACUCCCCUCUCUCUCUCUCUCUCUCUUUCUUUCUCUCUCACAUCAACAAGUCAUAACCCUAAAGCUUGUUGAGGAGGAGAGACAGCACAGUGAAAUCAACAAGGAAUCAUCAUCAUCUUCUUCAUCUUCUUCUUCUUCAUCACCAUGUCCCUUGAAGACUCUCUAAGAUCUCUGUCCCUAGAUUACCUCAACCUCCUCAUCAACGGCCAAGCCUUCAGCGACGUCACCUUCAGCGUGGAAGGCCGCCUAGUCCACGCCCACCGAUGCAUCCUCGCUGCCAGGAGCCUCUUCUUCCGGAAAUUCUUCUGCGGCCCCGACCCACCUCCUCCUUCCGGCAACCUCGACUCCCCCGGCGGACCUCGAGUCAACUCGCCGAGGCCCGGCGGAGUCAUCCCGGUUAACUCCGUCGGCUACGAAGUCUUCCUCCUCAUGCUCCAGUUCCUCUACAGUGGCCAAGUCUCCAUCGUGCCACAGAAGCACGAGCCGAGACCCAAUUGCGGUGAGCGUGCCUGCUGGCACACGCAUUGCACCUCCGCCGUUGAUCUCGCCCUUGACACUCUCGCCGCCGCGAGAUACUUCGGCGUUGAACAGCUCGCAUUGCUCACACAGAAACAACUAGCGAGCAUGGUGGAGAAGGCUUCAAUAGAGGAUGUAAUGAAAGUGCUGCUGGCUUCUAGAAAACAAGACAUGCACCAGCUCUGGACCACAUGUUCCCACCUCGUAGCUAAAUCUGGUCUCCCUCCAGAGGUUCUCGCCAAGCAUCUUCCCAUUGACAUUGUUGCCAAGAUUGAAGAGCUCCGCCUCAAAUCCACCCUUGCACGCCGCUCUCUGAUCCCUCACCACCACCAUCACCACCACCACCAUGGCCACCAUGACAUGGGAGCAGCGGCAGACCUGGAGGAUCAGAAAAUCCGCCGGAUGAGGCGGGCGCUUGACUCCUCGGAUGUGGAGCUUGUGAAGCUCAUGGUGAUGGGAGAAGGCCUUAACCUUGAUGAGGCGCUGGCCUUACCAUACGCUGUCGAGAAUUGCAGCAGGGAAGUGGUUAAAGCCCUGCUGGAGCUCGGGGCGGCGGAUGUCAACUACCCAUCGGGACCGUCUGGGAAGACGCCGCUCCACAUCGCGGCUGAGAUGGUCUCCCCGGACAUGGUGGCGGUGCUGCUGGACCACCACGCCGACCCGAAUGUCCGGACCGUGGACGGCGUCACGCCUCUGGACAUCCUCAGAACCCUAACCUCAGAUUUCCUCUUCAAAGGUGCUGUCCCAGGAUUAACCCACAUUGAACCAAACAAGCUUAGGCUGUGUUUGGAGCUUGUUCAAUCAGCAGCUCUUGUUAUGUCAAGGGAAGAAGGUAAUGCCAAUGCAAACAGCAGCAACAACAACAAUGCUCCUUGUUCAGCAGCUACUCCGAUAUACCCUCCUAUGAAUGAGGAUCACAAUAGUAGUAGCAGCAAUGCUAACCUUAACUUGGAUUCCAGGUUGGUGUAUCUCAACCUCGGCGCGGCCCAAAUGAGCGGUGAUGAUGAUAGCAGCCACGGCAGCCACCGGGAAGCCAUGAACCAAGCCAUGUACCACCACCACCACUCACAUGACUAUUAGUCUAAAUGCACGUUUGGAUACACGGUAGAUUUUCACAAUUAAAGGAGAAUUGAUUUUGAGUGAAGCUACGCUUAAUAGCUUCUAUGGGAGCAGAAUUGAUUUUGGAAGAUCCGAACGUGAAUCCAAACAUGCUCUAACUGUAAGAGCUUCUAGCUAUGUACCUAGCUAGCUAGAAGCUUUAGAACUUUCAAUAUAGAUUACUGGUAUAUAUAAUUUGAAGGCUAUUUCAAUUGCAAUGGUCAUGGAUGGUGGUGGAAAAAUGGGAGAAGGAGGUUUGUUCGAUUGUUGAUGAAAGCUGCUUGAUCGGGUGGACACUACUAUUGGAUUGAUGGAUGGAGAGUAAAAAAAACACUUUCUUCUUUUGUCAGUUGAAAUAGACUGGUAAAUUAGUGGUGGUAUUAAUUCUUCACUAUUACUCAUCUUAAUUUUCUUCCUUCGGAUUAAUUUUUUUUGCUCUUUAGUCUUUGUUGUUUUUUCUUUGUUUUUGUUUUUUUCCUCUUUUAGGCCUUUCUAAUGGUCACCAUUUGAAGUGCGGUUUCAUGGGAAGAGAUUGGGAUAAGAGACAAGGAGAAUCUAAUCAGUUCAUUUUAUUUUUAUUUUAUUUUUUUGAAUUAAUUUUCUGUGGAACUCAAGGGUGCAUGGAAGAGACCCAGGUCAAUCUCCUUCACCUGUCAACUCCUUAAUUUGUAUUUACUGAUAUAUCCGUAGCUAAUUUCACGGCCUAUUUAUUGUGAUCC